AUGACAUCGUUCCUCAGCGGUCACCAUGAAAGUCUCCUCUUCGUCUUCGUCUUCUCUUCGUCUCCGUCUUCCCUUGUCCAACAUGUGAACCCUCUCUCUCCUGGACACAUGUCCAAAGAGUUGGAGACUGGACCCAGACUCAGAGUGUGGUCUGCUCCGCCCUCUCCCAGGAACGCCACCUACUGUAUGAAGGUGUCCAUGUCCGUGGUGGUGGAGGAGAGCGACCAGGGCAAGUGUUUCAGCAGCAAAAUCCGACACGUGGAGAAAGCUGAGGUCACGCACAGUAAGAUGAUCAGCUGUCCUGACGUGGAGGACUACAUGGCUCCGUACAAGCAGCCGCAGAUGACCUGGUACAAGGAGUGUGAGCGCGUGCAGUGGAGGAGCUCCAUCGUGCUCAACACCACCCACCUGUGGAUCCCUGAGGUGGAGGAGGGCGACACCGGGAACUACACCUGUGAGCUGCAGUACGGAUCCAGGGUGGUGAGGAGGACCACCCAGCUCAAGGUCACAGCUCUCCAGACCAGCCAACCUCCCAAAGUCCUCUUCCCCCCAGAGAGGCAGGACACCGUCAUAGAACUCACCCCUGGUAUGCCCCUCAGUCUGGACUGUAAGGCGUUCUUCGGCUACAGUGGAGAGAACCGACGGCCAAUCAUCUACUGGAUGAAGGGAGAGAAGUUUGUGGAAGAACUGGCUGGACACAUCAAGGAGAGUGACGUCAGGAUCCUGAGGGAGCAUUUAGGGGAGAAGGAGGUGCAGCUCUCCCUGACCUUUGACACUGUGGAGGAGGCCGACCUGGCCAACUACACCUGUUAUGUGGAGAACCACAUUGGGAGGCGCAGUGGGAGCGCAAUACUACAGAAAAAAGACAUGUAUCGUCUGGAGCUGGCUGGAGGUCUGGGGGUCAUCCUGCUGCUGCUGGGGGUCCUGACCGCCCUGUACAAGUGCUACAACCUGGAGAUCCUGCUCUGCUACAGGAGACACUUUGGAAGCGAUGAAACGGAAGACGAUAAUAAAGACUACGAUGCCUACCUGUCCUACACCAAAGUGGACCUGGACUCUCUGGGCAGGUCCAGCAGUGACGAGGAAACGUUCGCUCUGGAGAUCCUUCCAGAUGUUCUGGAGAAACACUACGGCUACAAGCUGUUCAUCCCAGACCGAGACCUGAUUCCCAGCAGUGCCUACAUCGAGGACUUGGCCCGCAGCGUGGAGCAGAGCAGGAGACUCAUCAUCAUUUUGACUCCGGAGUUCGUUGCCAAAAGGGGGUGGAGCAUUUUCCAGAUCGAGACACGCCUCCACGCCAUGCUGGUUACUGGAGAAAUCAAGGUGAUCAUGAUCGAGUGUUCCAACCUGAAGAACGUCAUCAACUACCAGGAGGUGGAGGCCCUGAAGCACACCAUCAAGGUUCUGUCCAUCAUCAAGUGGAGGGGUCCAAAAAGCAGUGAGCUGUCCUCCAAGUUUUGGAAACAGGUGGUCUACGAAAUGCCGGCCAAACGCAGGGAGAACCUGUCCAGACACCAGGUGCUGGACUCUGGGGAACAGGGUCUCUUUGGUGACCUACAGACCACCGUCUCCACAAUCGCCAUGACGACCACCUCUGCGUCUCUGGUCCCACCUCCAGACGGACGCCAUGGACUUCAUGAGGUUUCUUUGGCCACUGAGAUUCCAGACUACAACCACAUGACCCUGCCCCUAGGGGGCAGCCACCCGGCCGCUCAGAUAAGGCAUUUCUGCCGCAGCUACGAGUUCCAGCUUCCUCCGCAGCCGCCCUCUCUGGCACCGUCCCUCCCGCCUCCCCCCACCGUGCACUUCUCCACUCUGGGCCCGGGGGGGCGCCACGUCUACUGUAACAUCCCUAUGACGCUGCUGAAUGGUCAGGGGUUGAGAGCAGCUGAGUGUGGAGCCAGAGGUGUCUCAGAGCAGCACACUUGGGAAGAAGUCCGAGGUCCACUUCAACAGAACCUUGGUUCCUCUCACCAGCAGAGAACUAAGCUCUGACAUCUGGUAGAUCAGCUCAGCUGGUGCUGGGACACACACUGGUCUGGUGACCCCCGCUGACCUUUGGACCUGGGUUCAUUUUCAUCCAGUUCUGGACUCUGUACAGACUCGGUGUUGGUCCAGAGUCCAGUUCUGAUCUGACGAAGAACACGUCAGCUUCGUGUUUGGACGUCGUGGCUACAGAACCGCUUACUGACCAGCACGUGCUGCCACCUUGGGGCACAAGGUGUCGCUGCAACGCCACGCCACACCACAGUAGCGUUAAGGAUUCUGACGGAGGUCCAGACGCUGCGCUGACCUCUGGACUCACAGGAAGUAGAACCUUCUAGAACGAACACGGUACCGCCUCGGACCUGGGAACGCAGAGGAAAUGCCACGGUGUGAAACUGGUCCACGGACCGGCUGCCACUCAACUACCUGAAACAAGUUCCACCAACACCUUCACCGCCCAGAGGUCAAAAACACAGGAGGAUUCUAGAGAACCAGUCCACCUCAUCAACACACUCUGGGUCAGUGUGGUCCAGGUCCAGGUCCAGGUCCAGGUCCAGCCACCAGGUCACCACCUAACUA